CCGCGCACAUAUCGGCUCAAGCUCACCCGCUACUCGCCGCGCGUUCUCGACGAAGGCUUUCAUUGCCAGCUGCGCUUUUUCGGCGCUACCAGCUACGCUAUCAUGCCGAAGGCUUUUCCGAUGGAGGCCGCAAACCCCCCCGCCUGCGGCACGAAGUCCUUCGGGGUCUCCAUGGAGCACGCGGGCCACACCAACGACGUGAUGGUUGCGGCCUGGAACAAGGCGAAGUCAUUGCCGACCUUCGAAGUUCUUGCGAAGCCCGAGGUGGUGGGCGACGUAGACAGAGCGGGCACCGCGACCUUCUGGGACCUCCCCAUCAAGCAGUGGAGCUUCUCUGCCAGGCGCCCUAUCAAGGGUUUCAUCGACCUCAUCACCAGCCAGGAAGAUCUCUCGGGCGUCGACUGGGACGCUGUGAAGGAGGCAAUGGCUGAGGGGCGGUACAAUGCCAUGCCUCCUCCCCUCGGUAUCUCCGACGCAGGCCAAAACGACGCCCCCUGCGUGAUGAGCAUGCACGUGUCGAAGUCCUUGCCAGAUGGCCACUACUUGGUCGUGAAGGUCUUCACGUUUCUUGGCGGCGGUGAGCCGAUGGCGGCGGUCCGCGACAAGUUAGUCGAGGGCGAGCCAUGCGUCCUGGACUACCGCCCCGAUACGUUCAACACAGUUCGCACGCUGCAGGUCAUAUUAGAAGACAUGGGUGGUUUGCUCUUUCGCGAUUGGGACCCGCCCAAACCCAAGGUAGCUGCAAGUGAAGGCGUCGACUCUGGCGAGGUCGCCGACAAGAAGGCCGCAUUGGACCGAGCAUGGGACUACGUGCAGGCGGAGGCCCCUCGCGGCAACUUCGACGGCCAGAGGCUCCUGUGGGUGGAGCACCAGUUCGUGGACCCCGAUUCCCCCCUCUACAACAUGAAGCGGGAGUUCGUAAACAGCUUGCUCAAGUGCAUCGCCGACCGCGACCACUUCGCUGUCAAGGAGGAGUACUAUCCGUUGCUCAAGCCCGACAUUCGCGACGGGUACCAACCCAUGACGAACAAGAUACUGCAGACCCUCUCGGGCAACACGCUGCUUACCAUCGGGGAGGCUGGCUUCGGCAAGACCCCCUACAUGUAUAUCCUGGCGAUGGCGAUGGUCAGGUAUAACGCCGCCGUUCGCGUGUCUGCAGAAAUUGAUUUCUUUCGCGGAGAGGUCGGGGAGCUUUGGGCCCCCUGCAUAUUCGACGAUGGCGACCUCGCUGACCAGUUCGGCGGGGGCAACGAAUACAAUGCCAGCGCAGAACCGAGCGCAGAGGAAUGGGCAUUUGCGAGCACCUCCCCCGAUGCAGCGAAGAGGACCACGGCAUUCUUGCUUGCGAUGAUCCGCCCUGCGUUCCCGAAGGGCAUGUCAGAGAGCAACCUUGGGGCGAUGCUCAAGCGAUGCAUCGUCGGGCUGAACACCCAGGUCUCGUUCUUCUACAGGCCUGCCGGCAAGGACUCGGCCGUCGAGAAGCUGCCCCUCAUGGCCAGCUACAUCAAGCCCGAGGCAAGCAAAAUCUUAAUGCAGUACCUCAAGCACAAGAAGUGCCGCGACAAGGAGGAGCAUGAUAGACUCCUCGCCUUCGAGAAGAGGGAGAUGCUCCAGCUCAUGGCCGAGUCGCGCGCAGCGGCAGUCGCGGGCGACAGCGGCGGGGGCGCCGCCGCCGCCGUUGCCGCGAGCAGCGGCCCCGCCAGUGCCGCGGCGCCGCGGGCUGCGGACACGGCGAGCGCAGAGGAGGCCGCGCCUGCGGAGCGCCCCUACGAGGACGAGGAGGACGCAUUUGGAUUCGGCGGCGGCAUGAGCCAGCAUGAGCCGACGCCCCCCAGGCAGUUGACGGCGGCGCGGGGCGCCCUCGUGAAAGGGGUGAUCGCCUCCGAGGUUGGCGGCGGCGCUGCUUCAGCCGCUCAGCCCUCAGCUCUCGGUUGCCAUGGUGCGCUCUCGGAGGAGGACAGUCGGGAGCAGGUAGCUAUCUUCCACGGCCUCGCCAAGGCCCACCACGGUGCGCACGUGGACCUGCUUACUCCUCCGCGGAAGAGCAGGAAGACGGUCUUGGCGUGCGGCGGGCCACUCUCCCCCGUGGACCUCCAAGAGCAGCAGGCCAUCUUCGCUUCCAUCGUCGCAGAGGCGGACGGGGAGACAUUGACUGUGGACGACGGUGACCUCGACGUGGAGGCCGAGAUGGAGGCGAUGCUCGACGCCGACGAGACGGCGCGGGCUGACGGCUCCGCAAGGAAACCUGCUGGCCAGACGGAGUGA